UUAUCUUAGGCAAAUACUGUUGAUCUUUGCCCCCUCACUGCUCCGGGCGUCUGAUUUCUUCCAGUUCCUGGAGACCAAAAAAAAAAAAAAAAGAGAACUCUUUAUUUUGUUUUGCUCUUUGUUUUAUGGUUGCCCAGCCCAAGGCACACUGAAAAAAACACUCUUCAGUCUUCUCAAACCUUCAUUUUCUCACUAGCGCGGUGCAGACGCAAAGCCCUGCACCGUCUCCUUCUCUUCGUCUUCUUCCCCUUCAUCCGACCCCUUUCUGUCUUUCCUCAUUUUCCCUCAACUCACCGCCAUUUUCCAUAAGCAAAAAGGAAAAGAAGAGGAAGCAGCAGCAUAAACCCGCAUGGAUCUGGUCUCUUGGCCUUGUUCCUCUCUCAUUCUCAGCUUCUCACUUGCCCUGCUUCUGCUCUCAAGAGGCGUUUUCGGGGCUACAUUCACGUUCGUGAACAAGUGUGACUACACAGUGUGGCCCGGCAUUCUGGCAAAUGCCGGCAUCCCUAGGCUUGACAGCACUGGAUUCGAGCUCCCCAAGGACAGCUCGCGCAUGUUUCAAGCCCCGACCGGCUGGUCCGGCCGGUUCUGGGGCCGGACGGGCUGCAACUUCGACGGAUCCCAGUCGGGUUCCUGCGCCACCGGAGACUGCGGGACCGGGCAGGUGGAGUGCGACGGGAGCGGGGCGGCGCCGCCUGCCACGCUGGCAGAGUUCACUCUGGGGUCGGGGGGGCAGGACUUCUACGACGUGAGCCUGGUGGACGGGUACAACCUGCCGCUGAUAGUGGAGGCGAGUGGCGGGUCGGGUAUGUGCGCGUCGACGGGCUGCGUGACGGACUUGAACCAGCAGUGCCCGGCGGAGCUGAGGGUGGGAGAGGGGAAGGGGGAGGCGUGUAAGAGCGCGUGCGAGGCGUUCGGCAGCCCGGAGUACUGUUGUAGCGGCGCGUACAACUCACCCACCUCCUGCAAGCCGUCGCUUUACUCGGAGAUGUUCAAGUCGGCUUGCCCAAGAUCCUACAGUUACGCUUAUGAUGAUCCGACGAGCACUUUCACGUGCGCCGGCGCCGAUUACACUGUCACAUUUUGCCCCUCCAUGCCUAGUCAGAAAUCCACCAGGGAUUCGCCAUCAACGGGGACUGUAACAGAUGGGUCGGUCUCGGGAGCCACAAUAGCGGGUUCUGGAGCAGGAACCGUGGGAGACGGGUCCCAAACAAUGGGCUCGAGUGUUGGUUCCGGUUCGGGGUCGGUAUCCCAAGCUGAGCUGGCCGAUGGAUCAUGGCUGGCGGGUCUGGCUAUGGGCGAUUCAGCAACAACCCGCUGCCCAUUUUCUGCUGUUGUUGCCGCUGCAACUUUGUCAUUUAUUCUCUCUUUCGUUUACUUGUAGUCUCUCUCUCUCUCUCUCAUGGCUUUUGGGUCUUCACAGUGACUGGCAUUGGCUGGGUAUUGGCUGGGUUUUGCCUUUUGUUCGGGAAAGCUGACAGAUGCAGCCAGAUUGUAAACCACCCACCCCAAUUUCCUCUUGAUGCUCUCAAAAUAUUCAAUCUUAUAAUGUUGUCAUAUACUUUGUAAAACGUGCUUUUGUCGUUCUUUAAGUUGGAAUUACGCCUC